UGCAAUACUAUUAAUAAAUGCAUAUUGAUUGAAAUAACAAUAAAUAUUAUGUGUCAAUUGGCAACAAAAUGUAACUUAACCGUUAUUUAUUAAGUGUCAGACAUUGCUAAAAAUGCCAAAAAAAAAAAAUAUAAUAUCUUAGAACAAAAAUACUUUAAAUCCAAAAUAGUUUAAUAAAAAUUUUCAAAAAAUUUAAAGGGUCACCCUUUGUUCUCUUCAGGUACUGGUAGCUAGCAGGUAGCUCUUCCCUCUACUCAUCAUAAUAAUAGUACUUCACGGCGCUGUUGCCAUCGGCGGCUGUUUGUCGGCAAUGGAAACCGAUGACGAGCAGCGAGUGCUUCCAUUUCAGCUUCAAUUUGACAAACCAGUCGCCUCUCAGAUUAAAAUUGCGGAAUGGAAUCCAGAGAAGGACUUACUGGCUAUGGUAACUGAGGAUUCUAAGAUUUUACUCCAUCGUUUCAAUUGGCAGCGCUUAUGGACUAUUUCCCCUGGAGGUUGCAUCACAUCGUUGUGCUGGCAUCCUGAUGGUAAAGCAAUAGCUGUUGGACUUGAAGAUGGAACCAUUUCCUUGCAUGAUGUUGAGAAUGGGAAAUUAUUGAGAAGCUUGAGGUCUCAUACUGUUGCGGUUGUGUGUCUUAACUGGGAGGAAGAUGGACUAGUGAAUAAAGAUGAUUUGUGUAACUACUUGACAUAUGAAGAUCGCACUUCUCGUUUCUUCCCUCCUGCUCCAAAGCCCCCUCGGAUGCCUGGUGUGGUAUCUGGAGAUACUGGUUUCAUGGAUGGCAGUGAAGAUUCUUAUCAAGAGUUAUCAAGUUCUUCUUACCAACGCUUUAAUAUUCUGUGCAGUGCAGACAAAGAUGGAAGUAUUUGCUUUAGUAUAUUUGGAAUUUUUCCAAUAGGACAAAUUAAUAUACACAACUUUUCUGUUUCUACUCCACUUGUGGAUAAGCAAUCAACUUGCCAGCUUAUGAAUGCAUCCAUUUACAAGGUUGCUUUGUCAAAAGACCUUUGUCAUUUGAUUGUCAUGUGCUCAGGAGAAUUCAGUGAAAAUAUGGUUGAAUCAAGAGAAAGUCAAAUGACUGGGCAUGGCUCACAUAGUUUAGUGCUUGAUACUUCUAUAUUUUUUAAGAGGAAAAACGAACUCCAUCAGUUGGCCCAACAAGCUUCUAACAUUGAGGAAUUAACUGAGGUUAUCCGGGCAUCAUUAUCAGUUAUGUCAAAGCAGUGGUCAGAUGCCAUGCGCAUGUUUCAUGAGAAGUUUGGUUCUCUAUCUACUUUGAUUAACGACCAUGCCCUAGAGUCUUCUCCCCAGGAGGAGUUUCUGAGCCUUUUAGGUGGUGCUCGCACUAGUCCAGCAAUACAUCAAUUUCUGGUUAAUAGUCUUGGUGAAUUGGGUGUCAAGCGUGUUUCAAAAGUUGUUUGUGGUGCUGGAAAAGAACUUCAGCGUAUUGUUCUUGAUCAUAUGCAGCCUGCUGCAGAAAUUGUUGCUUUCAGGAUGGGAGAACUAAGAGGUCUUUCAAGAUGGCGGGCACGCUACCAAGGUAUUGGUUUAGAUGAGAUGCUUAUCGAUAAUGCAACAGAAAAAUCUGGCAUGAUACUAGUACAAAUUGAACGGUUUAUGAGGGUACUCUCAUCUGUGGAGCAACAGUUUUCAAAUUUCUUCAGUUGGCUUCUUAAAUGUAUAAAGCUACUUAUGCAAGAACCAAGCGAUCAGCUUCUGCCGUACAGCAGUGAACUCGUUGUCAUAUUCUUAAAAUUCUUAUACGAUCAAGAUCCGGUUAGGCAGCUGCUGGAACUAACUGAAGUUGGCCAUGAUAUUGAAGUUGACUUGGAAACCAUGCAAAGAGUUAAAGAAUUAGUUCAGUUUGGAGGAUUUUCAGAUUGCAAAUAUCUGCAAAGGACAUUAGCUGAAGAAUUUCAACAAAUGGAGUCUAGCUUCAAGGAGGCGUUUCAGAUGCCCUUCACUACAAUUUCAAGAAAAAUAAUUUGCAAUGAUUUGCUGCCACUAUUUCCACUUUCAUCUUCCCCAGCAUCUACAGCCAUGAAAAUUCCUCUGUCAAUAUCAUACUAUGAGGAGGUUUCCCAAUCUGUUUCAGUUCACCAAACUUAUGAACAAAGCCUUGUUGAUUACAUAUGCUUCCAAGUGCCGAAGGAACCUUCUUCAAAUAUUUCAAAUCAUAUCGGCAUAAUGAGAGGUUUUAUGCAUGAUUUGAGUAAUAUAAGGAAGGGCUAUACUUCGUUGGAAGCUGUAUUGUUGUCUAUACCUGCUGGUUAUAACUGUGUUGAUCUCUCUUUAUAUAAGGAUAGUCAAAUAGUCUUGCUAUUAAAUGCGAUUGCAACAUCAUCUGAAAGCUCUGGAGAUGCCUGUAUGAUGGUUGUGCAAGCUAGUGAGCUUCCGUUUGUUUCUAUAUCAAGAUCAAGUUCUCUGAACAUCUGGAGAUUAGAUCAACUUAAGGAUUCCUCUGUGCAACUACAAAUGGAGAACGAAAAGGUCCGCUGCAUACCUCAUUCUGUUAUUGCUCCCUUGGCAGUUAGUGCAUCUAGAGGGGUAGCUUGCGUCUUUGCUACAAGAAAGCGUGCCUUGGUUUACAUCCUGGAGGAAGAUGAAGAUGAAGUUCCAGAAAUAGAAUGACUGUCCUCUUCUGCCUGUGGGUGAAUUAAUCCCUGUGUUCUGGAACAGUCUGCUGUUUCAUGAGUUUCACAUUCAGCUCCAUGUAUCAACUCUGUAAUUUAAUCCAUUUUUAUUUUCCUAAUUAUACGGUUAUACUACACAAGCUCUGGUAAAGCAGCUAUUGGAAGCCUAUCUACAGAAGUUGAGGAUCAUGCAUUGUGGUCAAAGGUACCAAGGGGGUAAGUGAUGAAGAUUUGAAGAAGAUUGAAGAGGACGAUUGUAGCUAAUAGCUAUUGGUGAUUAAACUUCAAUAUGUAGCACUAAAGUAUCAUAACUCAACUUUCAUUUUGUUCCAAGCUAUCUAAUGUUUUUAUAUUUUCAUAUUUA